GAGAGCUUUUGUGCUGCAGAGAGGGAGCCAGAGAGUGUGAGGCUGAGGCAGCACAAAGUCUGACACAACUUCACUGCACACUUGGACUUCACUUCCCAUCACAAUGUUGCAAGGGUGGCCCCUGGUCCUGCAUCUUCUUCUCCUGUGCCGCCAUCUUGCUGCCUCACUUCUUCCACAAGGUUCCGGCAGUCACCUGGACCUGACGGAGUUAAUCGGCAUCCCCCUCCCUCCUUCCGUCUCCUUCACUACGGGCUUCGAGGGCUUCCCUGCCUACAACUUUGGGCCUGAAGCCAACAUUGGCAGACUCACCAAGACCUUCGUGCCGGGGUCAUUCUACGUGGACUUUGCCAUCAUUGUCACGAUACGCCCGGCCAGCCAGAGAGGAGGUGUGCUCUUUGCCAUCACAGAUGCCCGUCAGAAGGUGGUGGAGCUGGGCUUGGCCCUCACUCCGGUCCGUGCGGGGCUCCAGAGUAUUUUACUGUACUACACCGACAGCCAGGAGUCCUCCCACAGCCACAAAGCUGCUGCCUUCAGUGUGCCAGACAUGACCGACCAGUGGACACGCUUCACCGUUGUGGUGGAGCGCGAUGAGGUGCGCCUCUACAUGGACUGCGGGGAAGCCGAGAGGACCACCUUCAGCCGGGGGCCGGACCGACUCACUUUUUCGCGCAACUCCGGCAUUUUCGUGGCAAACGCAGGAAGCACGGGGCUGGACAAGUUUGUGGGGUCCAUUCAGCAGCUGAUCAUCAAAGACCACCCCAUGGCAGCAGAGGAGCAGUGUGAGGACGACGACCCUGACGUGUCAGGGUAUGGCAGUGGGGACGACGACAGGGAGACAGAAGAGGACAGCGCGCAGGGCAGGACCGCGCAGGAAGAAUCUGCUCCAGUCAGAGCUCCGCCCACAAAGGCUCCAAACUUGGAGGGGGACAAAUAUUCUGUGGAGCCAAAUGAAGAAGUCUUGCUUAAAGGACCAGAGCAUAAAAACAAUCCUGAGCAAAGUUCUGAUGAGGGUCAUGUCAGGCACGCUUCAAAAGGAGAACCUGGAGAACCUGGACCGAGCGGACCACCUGGUCCCCCUGGGCCCACUCGCUCACCUGGGCCCAGAGGUCCAGCAGGGACUUCUGGAGACCCGGGACAGCCCGGCAGAGACGGACAGCAGGGCGUGAAGGGCGAGAAAGGAGACGGCGGCCAGAGGGGACCGCAGGGAUUUCCAGGUUUGGAUGGCGAUGCUGGAGUCAAAGGUGAUAAGGGAGACUCUGGAUCUGGUUUACCAGGACCACCGGGCCUUCCUGGGCCCCCGGGACCGCCCAGAUCGCGGAGCGUACCUUAUGGAGACGAUGCCCUGGGUUCUGGGUUUGGGGACCUGGAGACCGACACCGAGCUCAUUAGGGGGCCCCCUGGGCUGCCAGGGCCUCCAGGACCACCUGGUCUUCCUGGGCCCGACCCAUCCUCAGGUGACCUUGACCGGGGCCUCUUUCACACCUAUGCUGGGCCAACUGGGGCCCCGGGAAAAGAUGGAGUCAACGGCCAACCGGGAGUACCAAUGCUUACAGAUUGGUUUAGUGGUUCUGGGCUCGAUGGCUCGGGUUUGAGCUCAGAGUCGUACUCUGACCUUGGCUCCGGUUUCAGUUCUGGUUCUGAGUCCGGUUUUGCAUCCUGGUCUGGCCAGGACUCCGGUUCUGCUUGGGUAUGGGGCGAGGGUCCAGCAGGUAAAGAUGGCUCUGCAGUCUCACCUGGUGAUGUUGGAGAGAAGGGUGACAGAGGCUUACCUGGAUCACCUGGACCUAAGGGCGAACGUGGGUCUGUGGGCAUAGCAGGGUCAGCGGGACCUCAAGGGCCCAGCGGUCCUCCAGGAAAAAGAGGCCCACCAGGACCCCCUGGGCCCCCCGCUUCUGCAGCAACCCAAUUCUUUGUGGAGGACAUGGAGGGCUCUGGUGAGAGCCACAUGCUCACUGCAGCCACAGUCCCAGUCCCAGGGCCACAGGGUGCCCCCGGUCUACCUGGUCCAGCAGGUCCCAAGGGUACAGGUGGGGCCCCGGGUCCACCAGGACUCUCCAUCAAGGGUGACAGAGGGGAUCCAGGUCUAGACGGCAUGCCAGGUCCUGCUGGAUUACCAGGUCCCAGGGGCAUUAAAGGAGAACAUGGUGCUUCAGGUCAAAAGGGAGAUUGUGGAGUGGAUGGACUUAACAUCAUGGGACCCCCUGGGGCCCCCGGACCUCCAGGGCCUGUCAUUAGUCUGUCAGAUGUGCUCCUCAACGUCACAGCAGGGGUCUUCAACUUGACAGAGAUCAGAGGACCACCUGGGCUGGCUGGUCCUGAGGGUCUGCCUGGCAAAGCUGGAUUUCCUGGUCCCAGAGGGCCAAAGGGAAACAUGGGCCCCACCGGCAUCCAGGGGCCAGCAGGGCUGAAGGGUGCAAAGGGCGAGCCAGGGGUCACCAUUGCUGCUGAUGGAUCCCUCUCAUUUGCACCAAAGAGCCCCCAGGGUCCUAAAGGCAUCCAGGGUGACCAUGGUUUUCCUGGACCUGCUGGACCAAAGGGCCCACAUGGACCUCCAGGACAAAAAGGAGAGUAUGGAUUCCCUGGGCGCUCAGGACGACCUGGCAUGAUUGGCAGAAAAGGAGAAAAAGGAGAUUCUGUCAGCCAAGCGGGACCUCCUGGUCCACCAGGUCCACCUGGACUUCCAGGGAGAAUCAUGGGACUAAAUGGAACCGUGUUCCGGGUGCGCCCAAGACCGCACUGCAAAGAGGGACCAGGAAGAAAGUCAGGGGUGACUUCUAAGGGAGAUGUGGGCACACCUGGGGAGUAUGGCACACCUGCUCCUUCACUCCUAGAAGGGACUGCUGGCGCUAAAGGUGACCAGGGAUCCAAAGGUCAGAGGGGAGAAAAGGGUGACCUGGGCCCACCUGGUCCUCCAGGACUGCCAGGGCGGUCAGGACUUGUGGGCCCAAAAGGCGAGUCAGUCAUUGGCCCACCAGGCCCCUCUGGUUCUCCGGGCCAGCGUGGAGCCCCGGGGUUCGGACGCCCUGGUCCAAGAGGGUCCCCGGGCCCGGCAGGACCCCCAGGACCAGUACCGGCAGCUGGAUCAGCAGGUGUCAAGGUCCCAGGCCCCCCUGGUCCUCCAGGACCUCCAGGACCUCCAGGACAUGUCAACCCGGUGAGCGCCUACAAGACAGUCCAUGCUCUGACCAGAGAGACCCAGAGGGCUGCAGAGGGAACCCUGGCCUACGUGUCUGAGAGCGGCGGACAUCUGUACAUCAGAUCACACGGCGGCUGGCGCCAGGUCCAGCUCGGGGAGAUGAUCCGUCCUGAGUCAGCAUCUGAGAGCCAGAGCAGAGCAGGAGAGAGGAGCAGACCACACAGUCAGGAGCUGCAGGAGGGGGGGAGAAGAUACCAGCCCAGUUAUAACAUCCUGCCUCACACCUUCACUGCCGUGGCUGGGCUCCACCUGGUGGCUCUGAACGCCCCACUGAGGGGCGACAUGAGGGGCAUCCGGGGGGCAGACUUCCAGUGCUACCAGCAGGCUGCUGCCCUGGGACUGACCAGCACCUACAGGGCCUUCCUGUCCUCACACCUGCAGGACCUGGCCACCGUGGUCAGGAAAGCAGACCGCAGCGACAUGCCAGUGGUCAAUCUGAGGGGGGAGAUGUUGUUCACCAGCUGGACCUCCAUCUUCUCUGAACACGGAGGAACAUUCGACCCAUCCAUCCCCAUCUACUCCUUUGAUGGACGCAACGUGAUGACCCACUCUGCAUGGCCCGAGAAGCUGAUCUGGCACGGUUCCAGCGCCGCAGGAAUUCGCGCAACCACAAACUACUGCGAAGCGUGGCGGACCGACGACAUGGCGGUGACGGGCCAGGCGGCGCUGCUGCAGACGGGACGCUUGUUGGGCCAACACACGCGCUCCUGCUCCCAGCAAUACAUGGUGCUGUGCAUAGAGAACACCUACGUGCACACCAGCAGCUGA